UGUGAUGUUGAAUUUGAUUCAUGGUGCGAAGAGACACAUAUAAAUAGAAAGACAUUGACGAGAGAAGAGAGAAGAGAACAGAGGUCUUCAAGUGUGUGUGAUUAUUACUUUUGAGGAGGGGCGAUUGACCCCAAAUUCAUCCAUCUCUAUCUCUAUCUCUAUCUAGGGUUUGUUCAUCGGAAUUUCGAUUCAAUUUCCCGUCUCGCUCCACGCAAACCCGGCAUCGGCGGUGUUAGGUAUGGAGAUGAUCAAUGGUGUAACAGUGUCGGACGAAUUGCUGGGGACAUUUGCGCCCAUAAUCGUCUACUGGAUAUAUUCCGGGAUUUACGUCUUGCUUGGCUCACUCGACGAUUACAGGCUGCACACGCGCAAGGAUGAAGAUGACAAGAAUUUGGUCUCCAAAAACCACGUCGUCAAAGGUGUCCUCCUCCAGCAGGCGGUUCAGGCCGUCGUCGCCUCCCUUCUCUUCGCCAUUACUGGAAGUGACAGUGAUCCUGCGGAUGCUCAGCCGACCUCCCUCAUUGUUCUUGCUAGGCAAUUCUUGGUUGGGAUGAUGGUGUUAGAUACCUGGCAAUACUUUAUGCACCGCUACAUGCACCAAAAUAAGUUCUUGUACAAGCACAUUCAUUCUCAACAUCACCGGCUGGUUGUCCCCUACGCAUAUGGAGCUCUGUACAAUCACCCCAUUGAAGGUCUGCUUCUGGACACAGUUGGUGGUGCUCUAUCCUUCCUCGUAUCAGGCAUGUCUCCUCGAGCUUCUAUCUUCUUCUUUUCAUUUGCUACCCUCAAAACAGUCGAUGACCACUGCGGGCUAUGGCUACCGGGCAAUCUCUUCCACCUUCUCUUUAGAAACAACUCUGCCUAUCACGAUAUCCACCACCAGCUCUACGGCAACAAGUAUAACUUCUCGCAGCCAUUCUUUGUGAUGUGGGAUAGGAUCCUCGGCACUUACAUGCCGUAUUCGCUUGAGAAGAAUGUUGACGGGGGCUUUGAAGCACGGCCCUCGAAAGAAUAUAAGGAAGAGUGAUUUUAACAAUAAUCACUGGCUGUAACAUUUGUGUAUCACUAUAGGUUUUUGUUUUUUUUUAAAUUGUUACGUUUACCUUGUCUAGUGAUUGAGUGCUUUUUAUAUUCGUACAUAUACAUACUUAAAUGUGCGUGUACUACGAUUAGCUCUUCUCAGUAUAAGCAUUUGAUAAAUGGAAAAUGAAAAAAAAAUGUGGAUGUUUCUUUGUUUA